AUGCCCAAGUCUAUUAGAAAUCAGCCAGAACACCAAUAUCAAUCUGCUGCAAUCCCACGACCUUUGAACUGCUUUUUGUUCUACAGAUUGGAUAAGCAAAAGGAGAUCGUUGAAAAAUGCCCUGGAGCCAAUCAUCGUGAUAUUUCGAAGAUUAUCGCAAAAUGGUGGAAAGAAGCAACUGAUGAAGAGAAGAAGCCUUACGUUGAGAAAGCUCGUCGUGCCAAACAAGAACAUCGCAAGUUAUACCCCGACUAUAAAUACACUCCUAAA